CGUUGGAAAAGUAAGCAUCAUGAUAUGUUAUAGAUGUUGAUGGCGAUAAAAAAUGGAAGAAGGUAUAGAGAUACAGGAACUUGAAGGAACAGAAAUGAUUCUUCAAAAAAUGGACUCUCUUGAUCUGGAAGAUUUGACAUCUGCUUGGGGAAGCAGUUCUCCAAAUUCAGCGUUAACUGUGAGGACUCAAGGUGACCCAUUAGUUGCUUGGGAUUCUGAAAAUUUAGCCAUAAACUCAUCUGAAGAUGUGACAAACUUACAAGAGAGACAACUAUCACGAAAAAACAAAAGUGAUGCUCUUUUGAAUCGAGAAAAUCCUUCAAUAUUAACUGAAAAAGAAAAUUAUUCCAAAUUUGAAAAUAUUCCACCAGAUCAUUUGUUGUUAUCAUCCAAGAUGGCAGAGUCAUCAUUUUCUUACCUUCCUGAUGAAAUGACAAUUAAGAUAUUUACCUAUGUUUCUCAAAAGUGCCUGUUAUCAUCUGUGUCUAGGGUGUGUAGAAAUUGGUCGUAUCUUGCCUUCGACUCUACAUUAUGGACUUCAGUGAAUAUAGAAAACUUAGAAAUUGUGUCUUCAGUUGAUUUGUGUCAGUUAUUGAAACAAAUUCCUGGAACUCAAAGACUUUUAACAUUGUCAAAUAUCAAAGAUCUUACUUCAGGAACUUUGAAAAUUGUCACAGACAUGGUUCCAAAUCUGAAGAAAAUAGAUCUGGGCUUUUGUACCUUUGAUAUUAUUGGUUUAAACACAAUAGUGAAAAACUUAGAAAAGCUGGAAUCAUUGAAUCUAGAAGGCUGUACCUGUAGUUUUGGAGAUCGUUUUGUGGUCAUGCUUGGAGAAGCUAAACAAUUAAAACAUUUGAAUCUAAGUCAUUGUGUAUUAAGUGAUCAACAACUGAUAUAUUUGAGUCGACAAUUAAAUGAAAUACAUUCUCUAGAUGUCAAUGGUAUACUAUAUAUAUCUGAUCUGUCUAUGAAAGUUUUGUUAACCAAACAUUGCAAUUUUUUACAAGUUCUAAAAUUAGAUGGAGAAGAACUGUCUGAUGAUACUAUGUAUCUUGUAUCAACUUGUAUUUAUCUCCAAACUUUACAAAUAUUCUUCUGUGAACUGUUAACAGAUGCAUCAUUGAAAUAUCUUCAGAACUUAGAGAAUUUACAACAUUUAACAUUAAGAAAAGGACCAGAAUUUUCAACGUCCGGUUUCCUGUCGUUUUUCAAGAACUGUAAUUUAUCAGGAAUUAGGUCACUGGAUGUGUCCGAGUGUCCCGAUCUAUCUGAUAAAUCAAUCCAUUCUCUAGUCCAACAGUGUGGUAGUAAAAUUGAACGUAUCAAUUUAUCUUGGUGCUGGAAUUUGUCGGAGAAAAGUUUGAUAUCUAUUGUAGACCAUUGUAGGAACCUAAAAGAGUUAAUAUUUGUAGGCGUUGAUAUUCGUGGCGAUUGUUUACAUCGUGUUCCAGAAGAGAUGCCUAAUCUUGUUUUAUGUGAUUUUGAAAAGUGUUCUUUUGUUAAUGAUGAAUUGUUAGAGAAUAUUGUAAAAGAAAAACCAGAUAUAGUUAUAAUGAACUAUCAUGGUGAAAAAUUUAUGAACAUACAUUCCUGACUAGCAGCCGAAUUACAGGGAAUUCCCGAAUUUUACAAAUGAACAGAGAUUUUCUAUUCUUGAUAAAUGCUAUGAACACUUCAAAAUUACCCCUUUUUUAAAUCACAGACAUUUGUAGAUGCAGUUAUUAAAUUGUAUGCUAGAGAAUACAGCCAAUCAGACAGCAAUAAGCCAUAAUGUUUACAAACUUUCUGUGUAAAAUCCAAUCACAUCGCUACUCUCUGUGAUAUAAAGAAAAGUGCCUAAUGAUGUCAAGGUAUUUAACAUGGUGUAUCAGAGUCAUUAUGCUGGUUAAAUAUUAUGUUUCUUUUUCAUUAUACAGGGAUGAAUAUUUUGUUGAAUAUGUUGUUCAUAGUUCAUCAAGCUCUGUCCUUAAUUCAGAGUCAUUUAAACUAUAUGUUCAGUUUUAUAUUACUUUAAUUUUAACAAUGAUGGUGGAAUGUUAUAUCAUAUUAUGUCUAUUGUAAAUUAUGUCAAGUGUUACAUUAAUUUAUUGAAUUAUGUUAAGAGUAAUGUUGUUUCAUUAUGUUCAUAGUAAGUUAUGUUCAGAGUAUAUAUAUAUAUUAUGUUUCAGUGCAAUCACUCUCCUUUUGUUAAAUUUUUAAGUUAAAAUAAAGAAAACAAGUU